AUGACGAAUCGAGGAAAAUUUUCAAAUACUCGACAAACGAAUAAUAACAAUAAUACCAAUACUAAUAAUAUCAAUAACAAAGCACAAAAUGAUGAUGAUAAUUGUUCGGUCAUUUGUUAUAAGGAUUCUGAUGAUGGUCAUGUUGGUGUUGUACGUAUACGUCAACAACCAGUAUGCUCAGCAUGUAAUUUAAUGCGUGGAACAUUGUCACUAUAUUAUAAACAUGUAUUAGAAAAUAAUCACCGUGAAAAUGUUAAAAAAUUAUGUGAUGAAAAUCGUUUUGUACCAUCGAUUUAUGAUCAAGCUAUUCAUUUAGCUUUUCAUAAUAAUUUUUGUUAUCAAAGUGACAAAUUUCAUUUUCUUUACAAACAUACAAAUGAAGAACCUGACUUAUCAUCACAACAACCUGAAACAGAAAAAACUGAAAUUAAUAAUAAUCAACAAAAAGCAACCUCAACAAAUACACGUAAACGACGAAAUUUACAAGUUACACUUGUCUUUCAAGAUAAAACUUAUUCGAAAAUUGGUACAACUACAACUCAAAUUCGUGAACAACUUCUUAAAGAGAUGAUUACUGAUCGUGCGAAUGAUAUAGCAGCGUUACCUAUGGAAAUCUAUUAUAUUAAGAAAAAAAUUGCGCCUGAUAACAUUCAUCACAAUGCUCAAAAGAGCUCUGUUAUUUUUACUAUGGCCAAAGAUCAGUCACAGGUCAUGAUAAAGAAGCAGCAGCAAGAAGAACCGUUUGAAAACGGUAAUAUGUCUUCUGCUAAGGAUAGCAAUGAAGACAACGGUGUGGAACAGAAUACUGCUAUUACCACACAUGAGAUAUUGAAAACAGAAAAAAUUGAUGUUGAUGAACCACCGUCGUUUGUCGAUGACGUUAUAAAUGUUUGCAAGGAUGUGUUAAAUAAUAUUGUUAUUGAUAUUUAUUCGAAAUGUGGUGAAUUAAAACGGGAACAACAAUUUCUAUCUGGUAUUGCACGACGAAGUUUUAAGAAAAAGAAUACAUUCUUCUGUGAUAUAUGCUCAAUUUUUUUAACAUCAGAAAAAUAUUGUGUACAACAUCUCAAUGGAUUAGAUCAUUUAGAACAAUUUCGUCAUUAUCAAACUAGUUUUUUGCCAUGGCGUCGAGCUAUGCAAGAAUCAUUAAUUAAUGGUAAAUCAAUGAAGGAAAUAAUGGGUACAAAUAUUUAUGAUGAUUAUAAAGCAACCAUGGCACUUUAUCUUGCACCAAAUAGUCUUGCAAAUCGUGGACGUUUUUGUUGUGCUUAUUGUGAAUUAGUUUUUACAGAUCAAUGGGCAUUAGAAAAACAUUUACAUACUAUUGAACACAAAGAUAAACAAACAUCGUCGAAUCAUAAAGAUCUUGUUGUUCGUUUUGCUAAUGUUGUUAUACUUCCUUCUAUAUUUAAAUUUAAUGGUAUAACACAAUUGUCAGAAAUUCCUGAUGAUAUUAAAAGUCGUUAUCAAUGGCGUUGUGCAACACGUGAACAACUUGAUGACGAUACAACAUCAUUUUUACGAAAUUAUCCAUUUGAUUCAUUUGAAGGUGCCACUCGUAUUGUAAAUGCUAAAUCAGCACGAAAAUCAAAAUCAUCUACUAACAAAACUACAACACAAAAUCAUCGAAAUAAUAAUGUUACAGCAAGAAAUCAACAAAAAAAACGUGGUGGAUUUAAUAACACACGAGGAGGACAAUUCCACACACCAGCUGCUCAUCGAGGAGCUGCUGCUAAAAGAUCUUUUCCUGCUACGGGCUCACCAAAUAAGCGAUUUCGUGCCGAUCUUAAUAAUUCAUUUCCAGGUGCAAAUCGUGGUCCUGGACCAAUGAGAAAUUAUGAAAUGAAUCAAUAUAGUUAUGGUCGAUCAGCACCAUAUAAUAAUGGAAAUGAUCGUUGGCCAUCAUCUCGCCGUCCAGUUGUUCAACAACGUGAAGAGUUUUUUGAACGAUCAAAUUUUGAAUUACAAUCACUUGCCUCAGAUAAUAAUGGAUAUUAUGGUGGUGGUGCUGGUGGUGGUAGACCAGCACACCUUAUGUCUAGAGGAAAUAAUUAUGUUGAUGAACAACAAUCACGCUUUGAUGGCCGUGGGGGAGGAUAUGAUAAUCAACAAUCAAACUAUGAUCCAAAUUUUAUACGUGCUGUUGCAAAGGCUGUUGCUGAAUACCAUCCACAACCAAAUGCACCUCCAUUCGGAGGUUCAUCUCAUCGUUCUCAUAAUCGAGCUCAUACAGGUCCAACAAACGAGUUUAUUCAUCAUGUUGCUAAUAAUCUUCAACGUUCUCAACAUCAACAAUCAACAGCACCAAUUAUGAGUCAAUCACAUUAUCAAAAUCAAAAUUCAUUGGGUGCAUUUGGAGUUAAUAAUAAUAGUAAUAAUACAAAUCCAUCUUAUUUUUUAUCUGCUGGCAAUCAACAACAAAAUCAAAUGGGAACAAAUGCUCCACCUAUACGUUCCUAUGCUGAUUACCGAGCAUCAUCUGGUCCGUCGACUGGGAAUGCUUCUUCAACAAUGUAUCCACCAUUCACCAAUACACAAAAUCCAGUAGCUCCACAAUCACAUACAUUCGAUGAAUAUGGGCAAACGUCAUUAGGACAUAGUUCAUCGAAUACUUAUGGACGAUCCGGAGGACCAUCAUUUGGUAAUGAAGAACCACGUUAUGGAAAUUUUGGACAUCACAACCAAAUGGAACAAUCAGCUCAAGCACCAUGGCGAGGAUCAUCAAGAGGUGGAAAUAAUAAUCGUGGUCGUGGCCAUGGUGCAAGUCAUUUCCAAUCCAUGAAUAAGCAACCUGGUUCAACAUUUUCGUAUAGCAGUAGUAAUAAUAACAAUAACAAUAAUUCAUCCAUGCGAGGACGAGGUGCCAAUCGAAAUGUCCGAAAUUUCGGUAACCGACGUUAA